CAUGCAACAUCGCGGCAUGGGAAGUCGGCAGGCAGCCUGCACCCGCGAAUUUGCAAGUAGACGAAAGACGAAAGACAAAAGCCAUCGCGGCUGACAGCAGAGAUGGGCAGCGGAGAGCUAUUCGGCCAUAUAUCCUGACGCAGCCGUUCUAAUUACCAUGUCGUGAUGAUCUUCCAUCCUGGAAACAUGCUAGGCUUUGCUUUGCGGCCUACCUAGUUCCAAGUCUAGACCGGAUUAGUUCAUGGCUGGGCUUUGUCUAUUGCUCGCCCUCGUCGGCUUCUCGGCCAUUGGGGCGGCGAAUGGGGACGACGCUGGACCGAGGUGCAAGUCGGUACCGGGUAGUGACAGCUGGCCGUCACCAGAGACGUGGGCCGCCUUCAACGCGUCCAUUGACGGGCGGCUGAUCCGGCCCAUCCCGCCCGGGGCUGUAUGCCACCCGGCAGAGAUCUCGUACAGCGCCGCCGACUGUGCCGCCGUGCAGUCGUCUUGGUUCACCGAAGCCCUGCACACUGAAGACCCCGUGUCGCCCAUCUGGAACAACUGGAGCAACGACAGCUGUCUGCCAGACCCGCGGCUCCCCUGCAGUGCCGAGGGAUACCCCGUCUUUGUGAUAAACUCCACUACGGCACACCAUGUGAAGGCCGGUGUUGACUUUGCGCGAGCCCACAACAUCCGGCUCAUAGUCAAGAACAGCGGGCACGACUACGUUGGCCGCUCGAGCGCCCCCAGUUCCCUGUCCAUCUGGGUCCACCACAUGAAGGGCAUCACGGCGCACGACGACGAGUUCCGUCCUCGGGGGUGCAACGUCACCAUAACCGGACACGCCAUUACGGCAGGGGCAGGGACCCAGAUGAUGGAGACAUACCGCGCCAUGGCGCUCGUCAACAAGACGGUCGUCGGCGGCAACGGCAGGACCGUGGCCCUGGGCGGAUUUAUCACCGGAGGCGGCCACAGCAUCCUGGCCCCCCGCUACGGAAUGGCUGCCGACCAGGUGCUGGAGCUCGAGCUCGUGACGCCCACGGGCGAGAUCCUGACCGCCAACGAGUGCCAGAACACGGACUUGUUCUGGGCCAUGAGAGGUGGAGGCGGCUCGACGUUCGGUGUUCUCACCUCAGUCACACUGAAGACGAUCCCGAGCCCAGAGGUGAUGAGCCUGAUGUUCCAGUUCACCGCGGCGGCAGAAAACCCGGAUGCGUUCGACGCAAUCGCCUACUUUGUCGGCAAGUUCCCCGGGCUCGUGGGCGCGGGCGUCUCAGGCUACCCCAUCAUCUUCAAGGCGGUGCCAGGCGUUCUCAGCGGCGGCCAGACUCUUGUCACCGGCAUCGUCGGCAAGGUGGUCAUGCUGGACACAAGCAACGAGACGGACAUUCUGGACCAGAUCGAGCCGCUGUUCGCACACAUCAACAGCACGUGGCCGGGCUUCGUCUUUUAUACCAACGCAACCUACUACCCUUCGUUUGGCGCCUGGUAUGAAGAGAACUACGACCCGUCGCCCGUGGGCUACGAAAACAUCAUGGGCUCGCGCCUGCUCGACGGGCCCUCGCUGACAGCCAACGCCACGGCAACCAAGCUGGCGUUGGAGAGGUUUGCCGACGGCGGCCAGGCCACCGUGUACAUGGUCUCGGGGAAGGGUGUGUGGCACGCCCAGCCUCGGGGAGGCAGCAAUGCCGUAAAUCCUGCGUGGAGAAGAACAUGUGUUCACGCGACCGCUAGCGUGAGUUUUGCUUCUCUAAACGCGACAGCAAAGGCAGCAGCCAUAGCGAGAACCAACGUCCUCACUGAGGCACUACGGGAGUUGAGCCCCCAUAUGGGGGCCUAUGUGAACGAGGCCGAUCGCUACGAGCCACAGUGGCAGAGCACGUUCUGGGGUGACAACUACCCUCGCCUCCUGAAAAUCAAACGUGCUGUGGAUCCAGACGACGUCUUGUGGUGCACCCCAUGUGUGGGAAGCGAACGAUGGCAAGAGGCAGAUGACGCGUUAUGUCGGAUAUAAUUCGAUAACCUUACAUUCUAUUCCUAUUCUAUCCUAUCCUGGCCUGGCCUGCUGAUAUACCAAAUCUACUCUAACUC